CGAAAACAAGUGAAGACUUGCGACAAGGACAUAUGGAAGAGCGAGGCCUUUGCUUGGACUGCUAUACCUUUUCAUACUUAUUUUAUGGUGUGACUGCAAGGAUUUCUUCUCUCCAACUUUAGCUAUUUUAGUUUUUGGGAAUACGCGCCUAUCACAUUUCUAUUGGACACAACACAUGCAAACACCUGUGGAUUGUUGUAUAGCUACCAACCAAACACCUGCCAGAAAUGGCCUCGCUACCUCUUAGAUGUGUCUUGGCUUUGGCUGUAAUGCAAGUGGUCUCCUCCUCUGGUGUGUUCGAGCUGAAAGUCCAUUCGUUCAACACUGCUCACCGCAUAUGCAGAAGGCAUAGGGACUGCCACAUCUUUUUCAGAAUUUGUCUCAAACACUCAGAGGAUGUCAUCCAUGCGGAGCCACCAUGCACUUUUGGAACAGGACACACCAACGUCAUCCGGGCAGAUCAGACCUCAAUUUCCAGCAGCGCUCCUAUUAGAAUACCGUUCCAUUUCAAGUGGCCGGGAACAUUUUCGCUGAUCAUUGAAGCAUGGAACGCAGAAACCCCUACAGAAUACACAGACAACCAAAACAACCUGGUCAGCCGCUUGGCUACCAGAAGAAGACUGGCCAUAGGCGAGGACUGGUCUCAAGACGUCCACUUCGGAGAGCAGAGCGAGCUGCGCUAUUCCUAUCACGUAUUCUGUGACGAGUACUACUUUGGCGACAGCUGCGCCGAAUACUGCAGACCCCGCGACGACACUCUGGGCCACUACACCUGUGACGUGGAGGGGAACAAACAAUGUCUGGAGGGCUGGAAGGGAAACUACUGUUCUGAUCCCAUCUGUUCGGCGGACUGCAGUACGAGGCACGGCUACUGCGAGGCCCCUGGGGACUGCAAGUGCAGAAUGGGUUGGCAGGGGCCCUUGUGCAACGAGUGUGUGCGCUACCCGGGCUGCCUCCACGGCACCUGCGGCCAGCCGUGGCAGUGCGACUGCAAGGAGGGUUGGGGCGGCCUCUUCUGCGACCAGGACCUCAACUACUGCACCAACCAUCGGCCGUGUGCCAAUGGUGCCACCUGCACCAACACAGGCCAGGGCAGUUACACCUGUACCUGCCGCCCGGGCUACGGUGGCACCAACUGUGAGCUGGAGACCAAUGAGUGCGACAGCAACCCCUGCAAGAACGGAGGCAGCUGCAACGACCUGGAGAACGACUACUCAUGCACCUGCCCCCAGGGCUUCUAUGGGAAGAACUGUGAGAUCAUCGCCAUGACGUGUGCCGAUGGGCCCUGCUUCAAUGGAGGCACAUGCAUGGAGAUGCUGACGGGGGGCUAUACUUGCCGUUGCCCUCCCACCUACACUGGCUCCAACUGCGAGAAGAAACUGGACCGCUGCAGCAACAGCCCCUGUCUGAAUGGUGGUGAGUGUCUAGACCUGGGUCAGAGCGUGCUGUGCCGCUGCCGCUCCGGCUUUACCGGUGCCAACUGCCAGGUCAACAUCGACGACUGUGCCUCAGCACCGUGCCAGAAUGCCGGCACCUGCCAGGAUGGCGUGGAUGAUUACACCUGUUCGUGCACGUUGGGCUACGGCGGCAAGAACUGUAGCGUGCGCUCAGAUGCUUGCGGCCGCGGUGCCAGCGCCCAGCCCUGCCAGAAUGGCGGCACCUGUUUCACCCACUUCACGGGGCCUGUGUGCCAGUGCCCGCCGGGUUUCAUGGGACCCAGCUGCGAGUUCACGCUGCAGCCCAGCUUCCAGCCCGCCCCCCGACUGACCAAUAAACCUUCUUCCACCGCCCUCACAGCCUCCUGCGUCUUGGCGUUAUUUGCCCUUGGCCUGGCGACGGGCAUCGUGGUGCUGCGGCGGCGCCGGCUGCGUGGCAGGAAGCAGCUGAACGACACGGCGGUGUUCAAUGACCUGGAGACAGGGAUCAACCGCUUCCCCAGCGAAAGAGAGGCUUUCAUGGCGGCUAGCGGCCUAUUCAAGAUCAGCAACAGCGACCCACGCCUCAGCAUGGCAUCACUUGAAUCGCUGAGACCCCCAGACGACAGGACGGGCCGGGGACUUGGGGGGGAGCGCCACUCUUUCUCCCCUGGACAGGACUACCUCUGGAGGGGGGACAGCGGGGUUGGGCUGAGAUGAGACACUGGCCUGGACCCAAGAAGGACAUAAAGAGGAGACGGGACAGCCACACACCUGGGAAGGGAGGGAGAGACAAAAACUGGGAGGAAGAACAGGGGAUCAUUAGCACUUAUUUUUCUCUCUUUUUGAAAUGUUAAGUGAAUGAAGAAAAGGACGAAAACGGAAUGAAUGGUUGGAAAUUAUUCCUCUCAUUCUGAAGAUACUUUUAUGUUGCAAAUUUAAACAACAAAGAAAAAACAUGUUGGAAAACAACCUUGUGUCGUGAAGAAGAACAGAAAAUAACCUCUUGAAGUAUGGGAACUUUAGGAAAUCUCCUCAGAGAAAGGUCUUCCAUGUCAAAUAUCCCAAAGAGAUGACUACCAAUACCACAUGAACACUGACGUUGGACACUGACCUAUCAUUGAACUUGCUGCAACACAGUCAUAUUGACCAAAUGACUCUGGAAGAACCAUUUAAACCAAAUACAGGAAGACCUGAUUCUCUGACCUGUACCUGUUGGAAGACAAUAGACUGUUAUCAAUGACCUUCAAGGAGAUGAAUAUAUUUGCUGUAUUGACUUUUCCCACUGUGUGUUUGUUUGUAAGCUCAUUUCACCAGAACUCUGAUAUUAGCAAUUCCAAAAGAUAAAACAUAUAUACACUACCAGUCAAAAGUUUUAGAACACUACUCAUUUAAGGGUUUUUCUUUAUUUUUACUAUUUUCU